AUGCCCAAAAAUUGACGAGAGCCUGAUUCCACCACGCUGCCUCACAUUUUGUUUUUUACAAUUUUUCUCAGCUGUGUAGAAAAUACAGAUAAUGCCUUUCACUAUGGAUUCCUCCAAAUGUUGAUUUAAGAAAGAAAAAAUGAAAGACAAGGUCACUUUUUCAAAAUAGAUUUUCUUUGUGCUGGCAACCGUACAAUGGCCUUCAUUGAGAAUUGUGAUGGUAGAAAAAGGGGGAGAGGGGAUGGGAGGGAGGGGUGUAAGUCGGAAGUAAGAUCGUAUAAAUAGAAGACGCGACUGCGACGAAUACUGACAACUUUCAACUGUGCGCGUUAAACGAAAACCUGAAUCAUGGUCUCCCUCGCCUUCGUUUGCCUCGUGAGCUGUGUCUUCUCUGGAGCGCUCACACAGACUGUGACAGAGGCCCCGUCCUUGUCUACGUCAUUCCGAGCCCUCGCUGGUGCAGCUGACACGAACAAUGAUGGACUGAUGUCAAAGGAAGAGAGAACAGCCGACUUCAAAGCCAACUUUGACACAAAUAAUGACGGCUGUAUUGAUUCCACGGAAUUCCUGGCACGAUUUAGAGCUCUGAACUUCACCACCGAAUUCGCCUCCUUCAUGUUCUGGAGCAGAGUCGCCCAAAAUGGCGACCUGAACAACCCUGUGUGCAAGGGUUUCAACGUGAGCAGGCCUAUCCCCGUACCCGUGGACUUCCUCAUCAGCGGCAACCUCAUGGGCCUCACGGUGUUCUGUGAGCAAAACCCUGCCCGAUACAACGGCAACUCGGACUGCAACCAACUCCCCCGUGCCUGCAGUCUCCCCACCCUAGGAUGUUACUACUCCUGCUUCAACUACACCCUCAACAUCGCUAGCCAACAACUGGGACCUCCCAUCGCCUUGCCCGUGCUGUCACAAUUCCAGCAAAAUAUGCCAUUUGAACAAGCUUUCAACAACCUCAUUUCGACAAACGACCAGAACGGAGAUGGUGUGAUUACCCCUGCCGAGUUUGCCAAGGAUGUAGCGAUCUAUGACUCCAACAAGGACGGCUGUAUUGACCAGUUGGAGUUCACAGCUAGUUUACGUCGGUGUCCCUCUUUACUUCCAGCGUUGAACUUCACAGCAGAAUUGGCGUCGUUUAUGUUCUGGGGCAGAGUGGCUCAAAAUGGCGACCUGAACAACCCCGUGUGUGCGGGUUUCAACGUGAGCAACCCUAUCCCUUUACCGGUGGACACUCUUCUCACCUUCAACAUCAUAGGAGUCACCAUGUUCUGCGAGCAAGACCCCACGCGAUACAACAGCAACUCGGACUGCAACCAACUCCCCCGUGCCUGCAGUCUCCCCACCCUAGGAUGUUACUACUCCUGCUUCAACUACAUCCUCAACAUCGCUAGCCAACACCUGGGACCUCCCAUCGCCUUGCCCGUGUUGUCACAAUUCCAGCAACAGAUGACGUUUGAGCAAGCUUUCGACAACCUCAUUAGGACAAACGACCAGAACGGAGAUGGUGUGAUUACCCCUGCCGAGUUUGCCAAGGAUGUCGCGAUCUAUGACGUCAACAAGGACAGCUGCAUUGACCAGUUGGAGUUCACAGCUAGGUAG